CAUUUACCCCCCCCCCCCCUCCCGAGUUUUAAAUUUCGUGUUGCAUUUCGUGUCCAUUUCCACGCUAUGGGGGGCAUCUGCGCUCGCUUCGCCGAGGACCACCGGCCGGGGCUCAACUUUGCUUUGCUGGUGGUCACCUACGCCGCUUACCUGCUCGUUGGCGCCGGCAUCUUCUCCGCCGUGGAGCUGCCCUACGAGGUCCAACUCCGCCAUCAGCUGGAGGCGAGUCGCCGUGACUUCCUGGCCAACAAUACGUGCGUGUCGGACGACAGCCUGCGCCAGCUACUGGCGCGCGCGCUGGAGGCCAACAACUACGGCGUGUCGGUACUGGGCAAAAGCAGCCGCCGCAACUGGGACUUCAUAUCCUCACUGUUCUUCACCAGCACCGUGCUGACCACCACGGGUUACGGUCAUACCGUUCCUCUGUCGGAUGAAGGGAAGGCCUUCUGCAUCAUCUACUCGGUGGUGGGAAUCCCCCUGACCCUCUUCUUCCUCUCUGCCGUGGUGCAGAGGAUCAUGGUGGUGGUCACCCGCCGUCCCCUCGCCCACUUCCCGCGCCGCUGGGCCGUGUCCAAGGCCAAGUUUGCCGCCGCCCACGCGGCGGCCCUCUUCGUGGUGGUGACCCUUGUGGUCCUCAUCAUCCCGGCGUGCAUCUUCUUCACCGUGGAGCAGGACUGGAACUUUCUGGAGUCCCUCUACUUCUGCUUCAUCUCCUUGACCACCAUCGGGCUCGGAGAUUACGUCCCGGGAGAGACUCAGAGUACGGAGGACGACCGUCACCGGGAUUUCUACAAGCUGGUCAUCACUUUGUACCUGCUGAUGGGUCUGGUGUGCAAUCUGGUGCUGAUGGAGACGUGCGUGGAGCUGCCGCAGAUGAAGCGCCUGCGCCAGCGCUUUUACCGGGACGACCUGCGCGAGCUGGACUCCGAGACGGCCAACAUCAUCGAGCGGGAACACACCGCCGACGCGUCUGACCACGUCAUCCCGUCUGUUUCGGAGCACACCGACACCGUGCGGGACGGCGGCAGGCCGGCGGUGCCGUACAUGCUUGCGCCCAGCCUCAACGGGAAGCUCAACUAGCACGAUGGAAAAUGGGUCACCUGCUGUGCAAUGGGCGGAGUUUACAUGUUCUUUGAGGGACCGGCUGAAAUGGACCAUUCUGUUGCUCGGAUUCAUGGCAAUGUGGUCUUUUGACGUGGAAAUGGAUAGCGAGCGCAACACUUGACUUGAGGUAACAGGCUAGGAAAUGUUUUUCACAAAUCUGAUAAGGUGUUGGAAAAGUACUGUGAUUUUUUUUUUCCCCUGGUCAGAAUUUUCCCUCCUGAUAAGAGCUGCGGCGUGAAUGCCAAGGAAGGGCUGCUAAGUUUCCGCUUCCUGUCAAAACGGUGGCUGGUAGAGCAAGUGCGCCAUGACACUACCUCAUAUUCCAAAACACCGACCUGCACGUUGUGGCCCGACAUCACUUCAUUUAGCAACCAAAAAUAUGACCGCGUGGUACUCCAUCGACAGCACACCUCUGCCAAGAGGUUGCCAAGAUUCUGCAUGAGUUACCGAAAAGCAAGGCAAAAAAAGCAGUCUGACAACGUCGCACUGUUAAACCAAAUAGGUCUACUUUAGUCAGAAACAAAGUGCAAAAUCAUUUCCUUAAAAGUGUGGCUGAUAAAAAAUUACUAUUCCAACAACCGAAGUCAGUUUUACAGCCUAGUUUCGACAAGAGGUAGUGAGGAACAUUGUUGUGUAAAUCCAACACUGUGACUAACUUUGCAAAGGCACAUCGUUUUUCAUGUGCAAUAUGGAUUUGAACACAAGAGGGCAGCAUUUGCACCCUUGAAGCAAUUAACUUUUGUAUCCUGUACGGCUCACUUAACCUGCUCAAAACACAGCCACAAAUACUGCUUUGUACAUUAAAUGGAUCUACCCCCCGCCCAAAAAAUAAACAAACGGAUUAAAAUACUUAUUAGGAAUCA